AGUGCAAGAAUCUCUUUCUUUCACCUUCCAAACUCCAAAGGAUAAGGUCUCGCGCUUGCCCUGUCUCUCUCUCUCUCUCCCUCCCCCACUUUCUUUCUCUCUGCGCAUAACCAUGGCCAAAGCUUCUAGAGUUUUCCAGCCCACACUUUUUCCCACAUUCUCUACACUCCACAAACCUCGCACAUUAUCAAACGCCCCAACUAUUAUACAUAAAAAAUACCCAACAAUUCGCUGCUCAGUUUCAACUAGUGACAGCGCCAUCAGAGAAGCGACAUCAGCGACCCAGAAGGUGCCUUGGGGCUGCGACAUCGAUUCACUGGAAAACGCGGCGGCUCUUCAAAAAUGGCUGUCUGAUUCUGGUCUACCUCCACAGAAAAUGGCCAUAGAAAAAGUGGAAGUUGGGGAGAGAGGUUUGGUUGCGUUGAAGAAUAUUAGGAAGGGCGAGAAGUUGCUCUUUGUGCCUCCCCCGCUUGUUAUUACCGCUGAUUCUGAGUGGAGCUGCCCAGAGGCGGGUGAAGUUUUAAAACAGUAUUCUGUGCCAGAUUGGCCUUUCCUCGCCACUUACUUGAUUAGUGAAGCAAGUCUUAACCAAUCUUCUAGAUGGAGCAAUUAUAUCUCAGCACUUCCUAGACAACCCUAUUCACUUCUGUAUUGGACACGUGCAGAACUAGAUAGGUACUUGGAAGCUUCACAGAUCAGAAAGCGGGCAAUUGAAAGGAUUACCAAUGUUGUGGGAACAUAUAAUGAUUUAAGGCUUAGGAUUUUUUCCAAGAAUCCCGACCUGUUCCCUGAAGAGAUAUUCAAUAUAGAGACUUUCAAGUGGUCAUUUGGCAUUCUCUUCUCUCGCUUGGUUCGAUUGCCAUCGAUGGAUGGAAGAGUUGCCUUGGUUCCUUGGGCAGACAUGCUGAAUCAUAGUUGUGAGGUUGAGACCUUUUUGGAUUAUGAUAAAUCAACAAAGGGAGUUGUCUUCACAACAGAUCGACAAUACCAGCCAGGUGAGCAGGUUUUCAUAUCAUAUGGCAAGAAGUCUAAUGGAGAGCUAUUGUUAUCAUAUGGAUUUGUUCCGAGGGAGGGCACCAACCCUAAUGAUUCAGUAGAGUUGUCAUUGUCUCUGAAAAAGUCUGACAAAUGUUACAAGGAGAAGGUAGAAGCUCUUCAGAAGCAUGGUUUGUCAAUAUCUCAAUGUUUUCCUUUGCGAAUCACUGGUUGGCCAGUGGAGUUAAUGGCAUAUGCAUAUUUAGCAGUCAGCCCUCCAAGUAUGAGCAGACAGUUUGAAGAGAUGGCCUCAGCAGCAUCAAAUAAGACAACUGCCAAAAAGGAUGUGAGAUACCCUGAAAUUGAGGAACAGGCAUUACAAUUCAUAUUAGACAGUUGUGAGUCAAGCAUAUCAAAAUACAACAAAUUCUCGCAGGCAAGUGGAUCAAUGGAUUUGGACGUAACAUCUCCAAAACAACUUAACAGAAGAGUGUUCUUGAAACAGCUAGCAGUAGACUUGUGUAACAGUGAGCGGAGGAUACUAUUUCGUGCUCAAAAUGUAUUGAGGAGAAGAUUGAGGGAUAUAAAAAGUGGUGAAUUGAGAGCAUUAAAAAUUUUUAAUGGGUUCAGAAAUCUUUUCAAAUGAAUAUUACAUAUUAUAUCUCUUCAUGGCGCGCUUCAUGCCUGUAGUUCAUUGAGUGACCAGUGUUCCGCUGAGUUCAUCCACUGUGCUGCUUCCUUAGGGGUUCAAGCCAAUAUGUAAGGAGUUCAGUUCAAGCGGAGAAGGUGGAAAUGUAGACAUUGUAUUUCCUCAUAGCUAAACUUACUUUCCUUGAUGAGAAAUCAAAUUUUAAGGUGCCAUUUGAUUUCGAUUGAGUUUA